UUUAGGAAAAAGAAGAUGGAGCAGAAGAAGAAGAUACAGCAACACAAGGAUGAUUCAAUUGGUGGAAAUGCGAUAUUGUUGUCUGUAUCACCAUUGAAAGCACUUACUCUCCAUCUGACAUGUGGAAUAGGGUUAGGUUUAGCUUUCUGGGUAACUCAUCACAUCUACUCCCUUGAUCUCAUCACACAUCCAUCACAAACUCUUCGUCUCAUUUCGGUAUUUUUGGCUCCAGUACUGAUUCUUCUUUACAGUCACCUUCGACACAAUAGGAACCAAUGCUCUUAUGUCAAAGCUGUAGGACGUGGCUUGCUGGCGAUUCCUGCCGGAGCUGUAGUCAAUGCAGUGGGAGCUACUAUAUUAGGAGCACCUGUUGGUUUCGAGUAUUUCCCCAAGACCCUUAGUUGGUCUCUUCUGAUGUCACUAUUCACUUUUGUACCAGCGGCUUGUGUUUUUGGCUCAUCAUGGACUGAUUGGCACCGUGUAUUUGCUAGAACAAAGGCAAAUGAGUCCACAGACUGCAUGAUCUGUCUACCAGCUCAUGGAGCUGUUAUUGGAGCGUGGUUUGGUGCUUGGCCAAUGCCACUUGAUUGGGAAAGCCCAUGGCAGGAAUGGCCUAUUUGUGUGACUUAUGGAGCUAUAGCUGGUUACCUCAUGGGGCUUGUCGCAUCCUUGGGCUGCAUAUUCUUCCGUAACCAUCAGCAGCAUCUAAAAAGGGAAUAGUAUCUGUCUUCUGAGAAUUAGCCAUGGAAGGCUUAUGAUGCUACAAUAAUAGUCUUGGGAUGAAAUUAGGCCUUUUUUAUGUAGCUGCAUAGAAAUACGAUAUCCAAUUUUGCUCUCUUCCUAAAUUCACUAAUCUUUCUUCUUUUUUUAGAGCAUAGUUCAUCUUUUCUAGGAGUAAUUUCCUUGGCAUAUUGUGAAAAGACGUUCAUCAGGAGAUAAUCAAGUUCCUACAGAAGAAAAUAUUUGCAGGGUGGA